AUGUCUAACAUCACGAAAGUAACAGAAUUCCUCCUCCUGGGAUUCUCCGACAUCCGGGAGUUGCAGUUGAUCCAAGCUGCGCUGCUCCUCCUAGUCUAUCUGGCAGCCCUCAUGGGUAAUCUCUUCAUCGUUGCGAUCACCACCUUUGACCGGCAGUUCCACACCCCCAUGUACUUCUUCCUCAAGAACCUGUCAGUCAUUGACCUCGGCUACAUUUCCAUCACAGUCCCCAAAUCCGUAUUCAAUUCCCUCACAAAUGUCAACUCCAUCUCUCUGCUGGGCUGCGCUGCCCAGGUAUUCCUCGUAUUUUUAUUCGUUGGAUCAGAGUUGGCCCUGCUCACGGUGAUGUCCCACGACCGCUAUGUCGCCAUCUGCCGCUUAGCCAUCAGCAUCUGCUUAGCUUUCUUCUGCUUCGUGCUCAUCGUGGGCUCCUACGUCCCCAUCUUCUCAGCCGUGCUGAGGAUGCCGUCGACGGAGAGCCGCUCCAAAGCCUUCUCCACCUGCGUACCCCACCUGGUCAUCGUGGCUCUGUUCAUCACGUCUGGCACCUCUGCCUACUUAAAGCCAAUAUCAGACUCUCCCUCUGCACUGGACCUGCUGGUGACUGUGUUCUAUGCCGUGGUGCCCCCUACUCUUAAUCCCCUCAUCUACAGCCUGAGGAACCGGGACAUGAAGGCAGCGAUGGGAAGGCUGCUGUGGCCAAAAUAUUUCCCAAAGGAGAAACUAUCUGUCGGAUAA